GUGAGGGAGAGUGGGAGGGGAGCGGGGGACGGUGCAGUGCAGUGCAGAAAGGAAGCAGGCAGCAGCAGGACGUUUUCGCGUCGGAAUGAGAGAAGGAAACAUGUAAACAUGUGUUGAUUUUCCCUACGUCUCUCCAGUCGGAGGGAGUUUGGCGUAUUUUCACCAUGAGUGGUAAUGAAGAACUGCAGCGCCUCAACAUUGUUGAGGCACUGCCUCGCAUUCUCUCAAAUGGAGAUGCGACCUGCAUCGAGAAAAUGGUCCCUAGAUUACAGCAGGCUAUUCCUGGCGAUGCAGCAGAAUUUCAUAUGAUUGCAUCAAAUACGUUUCGAACAAUUUUGGAACAGAAGCUGGUGCCUCCAUCUACAUUCACUGUAACAUUUCUGAACAGCAUUGUCGCCUGUGUUGACAGCCGAGACCCUUAUACUUCAAAAGCAUGGCUUGAAACACUUCUGGACAUCAUAGAUUUGCUGCCUCAAAAUGUUGUGAAAAGUGAUAUUCUCCCUGUGGCCAUUUCUAGAGGACAGCUUUCACAGUCCAUUCAUUCCCGUGUCACUAGCUGUGAGCUGCUUGGCAGAAUAGCAACAAAAUUUGAUUGUACUCAGUUACAAAAAGAAAUAGUGCCAUUGGUGCACUCACUUUGUCAAGAUGUCAGUGGAGAGGUCCGCGGAAGUAUGUGCUAUCAGCUUCCAUUCAUUGCCAGGGGCCUGUCUUCUGAUGCAAUCAAACCUACACUAUUGCCCCUCCUUGUUGAGUUGGCUGUAGAUGAGGAACAGCACGUUCGACUUGCCUCUAUCCAUACUAUCAGUGACUUGGUUAAUGUGCUGCCUGGAGAUGUCCUAAAAAACACAAUAGUGCCUCUUCUAAAAAAGCUUUGUGACCAAGCAAUAGUAGAAGAAGACAAAGUGCUAUGUGCCUUAAGUGAAAAGUAUGGUCAACUUUGCAUCGGCCUCAAAGGUGUUCUGUCAGAAAAUGAAAUGUCAUGGUUUAUAUCUUUCUUCCGAGAAGUUGCAAAUCUGGGCAUUGGGAAACAGCCCUCAUUCCAUGAAAUUAAAAAUGUGUCAGACUUGGUUCGAGAGAAAGAACAUGCUGAUCUUUUAUUGCAAUGCCGCCUAAACUGUGCUUAUAAUUUUCCUGGCAUAGCUCAUUUUGCUGGCCAGUCAAUAUUUGAAGAAAUGCUGCACUCUACAUAUGCAAAUCUGGCAUGUGAUCAUUCAUUUUAUGUACGCAGAAUGAUAGCCGGAGGAAUUCAUGAGGUGUUUCGAGUUUUAGGAAUGAGAUGCUUGUUAUUGAAGUCAGAGCUUUUUAUGCUGUUGUCAGAUGAAUCUCGGGAUGUCCUUUCAUCCCUUGUUCCUAACUUAUCUUCUAUAUUAGAACAUUUAAAUAAACAUGGAAUUAUUAGUUCAUCUCCCAUGGAUCCCUUUAAUGUUGAGCUGUUACGAAAUUUACUGAAAUGUGAAGUUUCUUUAAGCCUUACAAAUGAUUGGAGACUCCAUUCUUCAAUGUUGAGUCAGUUGGAGAGUUGUGUCAAGACUCUACCUUCAGAUCUCAUCUUCAGUAAUAUGCCUGUUGUACUGUUUCAUCGCAUUCAGGACUCUAGAGCAUUACCAUGCCGUCUGGCUGCGGCUCGACUUUUGUUGGUAGUUCUGCGGCAUACAUCAAAAAUAGAGAAUCAGAAUGAGAUUAGAAAUAGAAUCUUCACUGAGCUGUGCAUUCAUCAUAGCUGCCACACACGUUUACUGUUUGUGAAAAUGUGUGGUAUGGCUCUUGACAUUUUCUCAAGUUCUUACUUCAAGGACCAUUUUUUCUUGCGCCUUUUAUCUCUAGCUGGUGAUCCUAUUCCCAAUGUGAGAUUAGUUCUUUGUGGGCUACUCCCCAGACUUAAAGUAUUAUUGAAACUCCCUCAUGAUUCAAACUUACUCUCUGCUCUCCAAGAGGCAAUUGAGAGGCUUCAAAGUUACCCUCGUCGUGACAAGGAUGUUCUAGAUAAACUGCAUGCUGCUUGUAAUGAGAUGGAAACUGUGCUUAAUGGUGGUGCCCAUGAGUCAAAUGAUGCAGAUGAUCUUGCUCUGUAUCAAGAGGAGCAACAAAUUGAAAUGAGGAAUUUAUCCCCAGAGCCAAGGCGAUUAGUAACAGUUAACAUGAAAACUUUGGGGGAAGGAAAACGUGCCACACUUGUUUCUUUACGAGGCCCUGAUCCCCUAAGGAUUGAAAUGAGACAAGCAAACCACCUUCCCUCUGGCAACAAUUCAAAUAUGUCAAGCAGUGUUGCUGUAAGCUCUGUAGGUCUGUUAGGUGGGCAUAUUGGAAACGAAUCAAGAAUAACUGCUAGUAUUACCUCAACUACAUCUGAAUCUGCCCCAAGUUUUAAUGGCUUCUCUCCAUUAAAAAAAGAACCAGAUUCUACUUUUAGUAGCAUAACGACUCUUGUUGGGAAUGAUUCCCCUCCUAAUUACCGGGCACUUACUCAAAUUAAGAAGGACCCAUGUUCCAAUUUUAGUUCUUUCUCGUCAAUGAACAAAAAGGUAGCCUCCACAUCUUCUAGUAAAAGCUGGGCUCAACCUCUAACCUAUGGAAGCCGCUUGCCCCUUCCUGUGUCAUCCAAAACUAACAAAUCCCAACCUAAGACUUCUUUCAAGCAGCCUCUUCCUUCCUCUGAUAUUUCUGACUUGGAUUUAACAGCAGUGUACAUUCUUAUCUCUCGCAUUAAUUCUGAUUCCACAAUGUUCUCCAUCAGUCGGGCCAAUAAUGGUGGCACAUCACCAUCACAACAACCACCUGCUUCAUCAUCAGCCUCCUCACCAGCUCUUCUAUCCAGCUCGUAUCCUGCUUUGUUGGAGGAAGAAUUCUACAUUGAUGCUGGAGUUCCAUUGCCAGAAAAAUUAACAGUAUCAAAAAUGAGUACUGAAAGUCUUGUCAGCUCUGACUCGGCAUCCAAGAUCCCUAGUUUAAGAGAGCUGCUCUUCCAGAAUUCUACGUUGUUAGCUCAGGUUGCCAAUAGAACUGCGGUGACAGAGAAUGCUGCAAAGUCCUUGUCGUAUGCAAAAUCAUUUAAUGCAAGCAAAAUAGAACAGACUGCUGGCAGUUCAACAAGCUCAGGAGUGAACAAACGUUUCUCAAGGAUUUUUGAAGAAAAUGCCUCUGAUUUCCGAUAUUCAAGUUUGAUCAGCAGACCGUCUACAGUCCCAAGAAAAGAUGCUCCGGGAAGCUCUCUUUUGCCAAAACCCACAGCUGUAAGAGCGCCCACUGUUGACAGCGAUAACCCAUCUAAUUCAAGCAAGGAGGGGACACAGUAUACCUCCAAAGCACUUUCCUCUGUUUCCCCAAGAACCAACUCCAAUAGAAAAGAUUCCAAAAUUGGGAUGAUGAACCGCCGCAGUAUGAUUUAUUAUCCGAAUCAAACUAAUGAAACAGAUGGAAGCUCAGAAAAAGAUCGAAAUACUCUUGGACCCUUGAAAAAUGGAAAGACUGAUACUUCUAUGCAAGUCAAUCAUCAUCAAUAUCCAUCUCAUGACUAUACGAUCACUGCUGAUAAGAUGGCCAGUAGUUCAAAUGCCAAAUUCUCAAGCAGACCUUCUGGAGUUUCAGUUGGACAAAGUGUCAGAGGCGGCAGUACUCGUAGUUCAUUGCCCUCAACCAAACUGCUGAUGUCUUCGAAGACACCGUCUAUUGACGCGUCAAACCGUCAAUAUAGUUCUCUUGAUGCGGGAUACGGACUAAAUAAGGAGAGAGAACAUUUUAAAACAAAUAUUGGUCAACCUGCUACUAAACGGUACAGCCUUGGAGAUAAAAGCCAGACCUCCAACGGACCACAUGACAAAAAGGUGUCUCUUUCAUCAAUCGGGGUGAAAGGUGCACGCAGGUCUUACAACCCCGGCGGACAAAGGCCUCACUCCUGCCUUAUUUUGCCCCAGCAAAAUGAAAAGCCAAAUGGCUCUAGUUCGCGUUCUAUGUCUCAAGAAUCUCUUGGCAUGGAACAAAAUCCGAAUCGAAGUGGACCCAGGUUAGUGAAGAGGCCUUCUGCAGGAUAUGGUAGAUCUGAAAAUAGGCAAAGCCGAAUACCUCGUGGUGGAACAAGUUGUCACUCAAGUCCAGGCAAUAGCCGUCCUUCUAGUCCCGUUCACGGACCAUCAGCAUACGUUACUGUGUCUCACACUGCGCCAAGUAGUGCAAGAGUGUCGAGGUCAUCAAGCCCCACGGAUGGACUGCCGUCCAGAGUGUCAUUAGCCUCCAUCAAACUUCAUGAGCCCAGUAGACUUCCCAUCAGAAAAUAUAAUCAUCACUUAUGAGAGAGAAAGCAAUGGAGCUUGGAUCUCAUUUCAUAGAUGUACUGUCCACAAUGUGUUAACCACAAGCUUUUUCUAAAAUGCUUUAAUUUGUCUUAAACUUUAUGUGAUCACUUGUGCCUACUACCAAUGAUACAAACAAAGGAUGUGCAGUUGCAGCCAUGUACUACCAUGGACGCACUCAAUGUAUUGCACAAUUUUGUUCUGUAUUCUUUAUGAUUCUACUUUAUUGUUGUGCUUGUAAAGUUUUGAAACUAAUUGUAUUUUGUUACUAUUUUUGUAACAUAUAUUGUUUGUUAUUAGUAAAGAUUUUUAUUAACCGGUACAGCUAAUAAACAGAAUAUUUUCUAGAUUAUUUCUUGAUUUUGUAGUUUCAUGUUUCACUGUAAAAUGUGCUUCUUCUUAAUCAGAUUGACUGUUAAAAUAUUCCGGCAAGAUUGUAAAUGAUGUUCAUUGUCUGUAAAUGUAUACGCUACUUAAAGUCUUGCCCUUAUUAAUGUGUCUGCCACUGUUAGAUCUUGCCUACCAUGUUUAGGCAUUUUUUAUAUUCUAACAAUUGUUAACUACAUUCAAAGGUGUUUAUAUUUUGUAGAAAGUUUUCUCUGUAAAUUUCUUGUUUAACUUUCUAUUUUUAGCAAAGAUUGACUAUAAGGAUAUGUUGUGUGCUGUAUUUUACUAUGAAUCCUUGUUUGUCACCGAUUUACACAAACAUAAUAUUUUUUGAAUGCUUGUUGUUAUGUGAUAGUACUGAAGUAUGUGUUGUCUGCUUCAAAUGAAGCUGUCUCUGGUUUUUGGCAUUGCCAUUGAAUACUGUAUAUUCUAUACCUGUAAAUCAGACGUGUUUUCACCUCCUAACAGCGUAGCCAAAUUAGAUUUUCUUUCAAAAAUUACUUAAUAAUGUGCCAAAGAUCCUUCUACCUUUGAAAUGUGAAGGUGGAAGUGGCAGAAUUUUAUUCUCUGUUAUCUGUAGAUAAAGUAAAAUUCAAAGGGCUGGAUAUUAUUUUAAAGCAUAAGUAAACAUAAUUUGGAAGGCAAAGUUGAGUAAGAGGUCCUCAGUAUUAUUGGCACAUGGUGCCCCUCUUGGUAUUUUUUAAUACCAUUUCUUUCAUUCUCUGCAUUUUAUCUUGAUUUGACCUCUUUCAAGUUUCCCUCUGAAAGAUAGACCUUGAGUCUUACGGUCCAUUUUUUUCCGGUUUUCCUUUCAAAUAAUUAUGUUAUUGUUGAGCAACUGUGAUAUUUCCAAUAGGCUUUUAGUGACUAGCUUUAACAUGUUUUUAUAGAAGCAUGCUGGAUGUAUGUUUGUGUAAACCAGAAACUUGACAUGAGACCUACACUCCCAAUUCCUUUUGUAGUUGUAAAUAAUGAUCUGCAGGUUUCCUUUGGUGGCAGGAGUUUUCAGAUGUCAGACUUCCUGCCAACCAGUCUGUGAUAAGUGAUUGUGUAACUGACAAGUUUUUAAAUUUGUUUCCAUUUUAAAUUUUUCCAUUACAAGUCAACCAACCAGCCUCAGGCACUUCAUCUUUAAUCCAUGCUUGUUUUAAGCUUAAUAUGGAGAAUCUCAGCACAUUCUAUGAAUUCUAAUCACCUGCAUGCACUUGGACCAAAGCAAUUCAUUUGCAUCAUAGUAAAACUGUGUCAUGCUGUUUCCUGAUAAUAAAGCCCUACUUCUCUUAAUUAAAACUUUUACGUAUCCUACUUAACUUUCAGCAUGAAUCACAACAAUGCUUUUUAACAAAAGCACAUUCCAAUUUGUGUUAAGUUUGACAGCUGGUGCUUAUUCAGUAUCCGAAUUGAGUUGUGGUCCCUGUCCUUCCAUCUUCCCUUUGAAACCCUUGUAAAUUAGGAUCUUCAACGCAUUGACUGUAAGACAUCUUUCAAGAUGUGAUGAAUUGAAUAGCAAAUGCUGAUUCUUGGAUUGGAUGGUUGUACCUGUCAGUGUGCAUCACAGUCAACCAGUUUAACAUAUUUGGGGGAAAUUGGGUAGAGUGAAAUGGGACUAUGUAAUGCUGUACCAAGUAGUUAUUUUGUUACAAACUGUAUGAAUGAGGUAAGAAUGUUAUGACAAUUAUUUAUCACAUGUAUGGUUUGUACAAUGCAGCUUCAUGUUGAAUAAAUCAUGUUUGGUUUUCAU